GUGAGCGUAGAAUUGGAAAGGCCACUCAAAGUCAUAAACCAUUUCAGACCUCCCAAAUUCAAACCUUCAUGUGCAAGUUGAUGAGAGCUCAUGGCUUUAAUAUUUGAAAUCAACUGUUACAGGUAACCCGAAGGAGGAAAAGGGUUGAGGAGUGCUUUUGUCAUCAUCUCUGAGUCCGUCUCUAACUGAAAGUCUACAAAACCGUUCAUAGCACACCAGUACAGAGCAACGAACACAGCUUGGAGCUGUGUUCAUAGCAUGAAGUAUUGAUUUUACAGACAUAGGGAAGGAGAGAGUAGCAAUCAUGUUACCAUCCGCAUCUCGGAGAACCGCCCCACCUGCGCUCCUGCCGGCAAUGAAAGCGGCAUCCACAUUCAUCCAAAGCCUAUAUGGAUGGAUUUGCUUCCAUAUAAGUAUCCUAACUUUGGAUUUUUUAAGGAUUUGGGGAUAGUACCGUCUUGAACCAAAUCAUCAUUAUUGAAUUUUAUUUUUUCCUAUCAAGCUCAGACACAAUUGCUGAGUAUAGCUUUUAAUAUUAUGAAUGAAUUUUCCAGCAUCAAAUUAACCCUCAUCCCAAAUCACUUCAUUGUAAUUCUUCCAGAUAAACCAAGUGAUGAUGCCUGAUAGAACAUUUUUUAAGGUUCCUUCCAGAGUAGAUUCCUUGGUCGCCAACCACCAACAAAAGAACAUUUGUCUAAGCUCAGUAUUGUCUGUUCUCUAAAUUUGCAGUAUUCCCAUUAAGUAAUCCCAUAUGCUUUUCACCUUUGGACAAUAAUAGAGACAAUGAGAUCGAUUGAGAUUGUUCCGCUUGAAGACAAAAAGGGAAUCUGGAUACCAUUUGAAUUGAGAAUCUUCUCAAUGCUUCAGGGAAAGGAAGAUAGUGAUUAAGAACCUUCCAAAGAAAUAUCUUGAUAUUAAGUUGUUUCUUUGGAUGCCAAGCUUGCUUGAAUGAAAAAAGUUUAGUUGAUGUCUCCCUUACUUGUUCAUAUGCAGAUGCAAGUGUAAAUCUGCCACAGGGAUCAUGUUUCCAGAAGGGUUUUUUGUUGUCAUCUAUAGAGGUGUUGAGCUUGGAUUCAAAGUGAUCUAUUAGAUGUGAACAAUGACUUGCUCGAGUUAUACCCCGAUGAAUUUGAAUGCCUGAGUUCUUGAAAGGUAAGUUAGAAGACUUCAUACCAAGAUGUUUUCCAUAAUUUUAAUUCUUCCAGGACGAGUCUUAUUGGGUAUAGUGAAAUUUCUCUUUUUUAAACUGACCAUAUGAAUGAAGAUAAUCAACAAGAGUCCUCAAAGAUUUGGAUCCUCCAUUCAGAAAAAUUAAGAGAUCAUCAGCAAAAGCCAGGUGCGUAAUAGUAGGAACAUUUCUGGCAACAUAAUAGGCUCCAAUUUUAUGUUGAUUAACCAGAAAAUUAAUUCCCCUCGAAAAGCUUUAUGAAACAAGAAUGAAUAAGAACGGAGGUAGUGGAUCCCCUUGCUUUACCCUUCUCGUUGGUUGAAAGAAAUCAUAGAGAUGUCCAUUGACAGAGAUAGAAAGAUGAGUCUCUUUCAAAUUUGUCAAAAUAAGAUUAGAGAUUGAGUUGCUGAAACCAAAACUUUGAAGGAUGAUCUUAAGAAAAUCCCGGGAAAUCAUGUCGAAUGCCUUAGUCAUAUCCAACUUAAUAGCUAGAUUACUCCCUCUGAUUUUUUAUCUAGGCCAUGUAUAAGCUCUUCAGCAAGCAAAAUAUGUUGAUGCAUAUCUUUUCCUUGCAAGAAGCCUAUUUGCUCUGGGGAAACCAAAUUAUCCAUGAUUGAUUGCAUACAGCUAGUAAGAAUUCUAAUGCAAACUUUAUUAAUAAAGUUGGAUAGACAAAUGGGUCUAAAUUGACUAAAGGCAUGUAAGGGCUAAAGUCAUAGGAUGACCCAAGAAAAAAUAUUUAAUAGCCCCACAAACAUCAGGGCCAACAAUAUCCUAACAAGUUGAAAAACAAAUUACUACGAAAACCAUCACGGCCUGGAGAGCUAUCCUUGUUAAGAUGCCAAACUGUUUCUUUGAUUUCACUUUCUUCAGGAAUUUUGGAUAACAAAUCAUUAUCCGAUUCUGUAACCAAAAUAGGAAUAAAGGCUUUCAUGUAAUAUAUUGCCUCUUGAUCAAGGUUUUUAAUAUCGCGAUUUGAAUCAUAAAAUCGUACGAUUUUACGAUUCAAAAUCGCCCAACCAAUUCAAAUCGCAUGCAACAUCGAAUUUUGACAAAAUCAGACUAAAUCGUAAAAAAAUCGAUUAAAACCGUUCAAAAUCGUGAUUUUAAUACGAUUUACGAUUUCAAUGCAAGACCUACUAAAUCAGGCCCAGUGCAAGCCCCAACCCCAGCCCAAGGCUUAAACUAACGUCCAGGGCUAAUCAUAGACUGUGUUGCUGUUGGCUGCUAAAAUAUGACUAGAAGAUCGGGAUUUAUAAUUGUACUGAAAGGAGCAAAUUCUUACUUCUUCCAGUUUGGGACAACAACCCAAUUGAGAAUACUUCGAAAGUAAAACUAAAAUGUGUGGCUAAAAUGCGUGGCUACAGGGAAUUAGACCCACAUGUUAUCCACUCACCUGCAACACACGUUGUUAUCUAUGUAAGUAUAAACGUGUAUGCGUAGUAUUAUAAAUUACAGCUUAUAAAUAUACAUUUGCUAACUGAUUACUGAUUAUGAGCUUCUAUUAACACAAAAUUAUAAAAUUAAAACUUAUAUUUAACUUAAUAAUUUUAAAUUGUGGUUUUCAAUAUAACUAAUAUUUUAAAUAUUUUUUAUUUCUUAUUUUUAUAAAAUCUUACGAUUUACGAUUCGAAUUUUAAACCUCUAUACCAAUUCGAUCCAAAAAUACGACUUUAACAACCUUGCUCUUGAUAUGUUUGUUAUGCUUGGUACAGUGUUUUAUAAUAAUCCACUGCAGAAUAUUACUCUAUCAAUACAAAAGUCAGAGAAAAUAUGAGCGUGCAGCUGCCGAGCUCACUAGUGAGGCGACUAGUGCAAUGAAAAUUAGACGUGAACUACAAGACACAUAAGAUACCCCGAAGAUAUAACACAUAUCAUUCGAAUUGAUUGUCAAAGCGAUUGAAAAGAUUGUCACUAUCACAAGUGAUGUGUUCACUUGAUCCCAAAUCAUUUAUCUAGGUGUGAGCUGGGAUCGGAUGAAAAGAAAACUAGACAAGAGAAGAAAAAAUAUUUAAAGUUAGAGAAUUAAUAUUUUGACUUUUAGAAUUUUGCUCUGAUACAAUGUUAAAAUUAAAUAUAGUGAACAUUUAAAUAAGGAAAAAUAAUAGAAGCAUGGAGAUUUAAAGCUCCGUGAUUUGGGAAUACAAGAACUUGAGUUCUUUCAAUCAUAGAAGACUAAUAUUGAUGGUUAGGUAAGUACCAUAUAGUUGUAGCCAAGUGAUUUCAAUGUUUUGUACUUGUUUAUUACAUAAUAUUUUUCUUGGCAUAGCUGCCAAAUUACAUUUCUAAACAAAAAUAUUUUUCAAGCAUACAUUCGGAAGUUGCGGGUAAAAUUAAUUAAUUAAUUGUAACACGGUCAAAGGGACGAUAAAUGUUACACGAAAUCAUUAUGAUAUAUGUAUGUAACCAUUAAUUAAUCAACUAGUCCAUUACAUGGGAACUUGCAUAAUUAGAAAAAGGGGCACUUUGUUAUUAGAAUUCAAAUUAACAGCUUCAACCACAUAAGCUUUUAGUAUAAUUCUGCCUCCUCAGUUACUUGUUGCAGCUUUAACCACAGAAGCUUUGAGUAUAAUUCUACCUCCUUAGUUACUUGUUGACUGGGAAUUUUCAACAUCCGCCUGACAUUCCACAGAAGCAAAAUCAUCUAAAAAAAUUGCAGGUUUCCUUUCUGACAUAGCCGAUAGUGCAGUCCAAUUAUGAACUUUGAAAACAUAGCCAUGAUGAUGCAUUCAAUAUGCACUUCCAUACUGUAACUUUUACAUAGCCUACUCUUGUAACGCCAUAGAUGGCAAACCAGGUUGCAUAAAAAGCGAACGAUACUCACGUUCGUUUAGAUUAAUGAUUUUGUAUCAUACACAUAUGGUGUCCUAUCAUCGUUCUUCUUAAACUCAAAAAAUAGUGAACAUAAGGGAUGAAUAUUAUCAUAAGUGAGGGAGCACUAUUUCAAAUAUAUAUAGGCAUAGUUGAAUGGAGAAGCUACUCUAAUUGGUAUGCUACAAAUGCUUAGAUAGAAGAAAUAGAAAUAAAUGACUUUGUGGCAGUCAUCAAAUGUCAAAUGAAAGUGAGAACGAGUCUCUUUUGGUAAGUAGCAAAAGUAUUCAGAUUAGUUGACACAUUGUAAUAUCAGUGUAAUAUAAGUCCAUGUCUACGGUUUUCUUUUAGUAAGGAUGAAAAAUACAAGCCUGUUAUUUAAUGUUUUUCAUCUCAUAAUAUCUUUACUUUAAUUUUUUCAUGAUAUCAGAGCUAAAACAGUGCAAAAUAAAAUUUCUUAAGUGAUACUUUAUUCUUGUUAGCUACAUUGUGGUUAUUGAUGAUGAAGUCAUUCAUGUUAGUUAAUAAAAUAAUAAUGUUGUAAUAGAUUUCAUGUCUGUGUAGCAUCAUUUUAUCAUUUUUCUCUAACCAAUCCUAGUGUAGCACCAACGUAAUAAAAGCCGAUGCAAAUGCUUUCAUCUCGUAUGUAUAAGAACCACAACAUUGCCAUUAAUGUUUGUCAUAUUAUUAUCUCUGCAACUUAGUUUAAUCAUUGUAUCAGAGGCAAAAGUACGAAAGCAGAAUUUCUUGAGUGAUGCUUAUUUUUUCUAGCUAGGUUAUGGCUAUUGAUGAUGAAGACGAUCAUGUUGGUCAAGAAUCUAUCAAUGUGGUAGUUGACUUCAUGUCACCUUACUAUAUUUAACCCGAAAUAAGUUCGUAUAUGUUUAUGUUUCCCCACUUCUCCGUGAUGGAACCUAUGGGACUGACUCAAUAAAAUGAUUAACGCAUGCAGUGCUAAAAUUAGAUUUGGUUUCUUCAAUGGCGACAUUCCAAUGGCCAACUCAAGUCCAUUAUAUCUUCGAUUUUGUGAGAUAUAUAAUUCCACCACCAAUCCUUAUCCUUUCUUAAUCUUCUGAGAUUUGUUUUAUCGCCAAGUCAAAAUUCCUCGGACACUCGAUUAAUCAAUAUCAACCCCCCCCCCCCCCUAACCAAUGUUCUAAAAGGCAACAAAAGGUGCCACAAAGGCGGUCCUAGGAGUCGGGCGCAAACUAAACGCCUCCCAUACUUGCUAGGCUCUAAGUCCUUUUUUUUAGAAAAUCAUUUUAAGGCUCUAAUUUUCGAGAAAAAGAAGGCGAUGUCUCAAUGGUUUAGAGAGAAAUGGGGUGCUCUUAUAGAUAUUGGUUAUGGAGUAUUCUCUCUAGUAUUUAAUGUGGGAAAAUGAACGGGAAAGUUGUGUGUCCAAGUGAGCUUUAAGUCUAACUCUAAUAAUUCAACUAUGUGUUUUAUUAUUUAAUUUUUUAUACUAAUUUAUGCCCAUAUUAACUUAGAGGGAAAUGGGGUGUUAAUUAAUAUUGUUGUUGUUGUUAUAUUAUUAUGCUACUUUGUUUCAUUUUAUUUUUGUAUUAUUAUUAUCUUUAUCAUCAUCGUUAUUAAGUUUACAAAUACUAAUAUGUUAUUAUUUAAUUACUUCUUUAAUUCUAGUUUUUGUGUAGUAUAUAAAUUUAUAUUUGUUAUAAAAAGAUUUAUAUGAAUCAACCUGAGGGCUUUGUGGAUCGGAAGAGGAGUGACCAUGUGUCACUCCUUAGGAAGGCCCUAUAUGGCCUGAACCAAUCCUCUAAAUAGUGGAAUAUUAGAUUUGACAAGUGUAUGCAGUCUCUGAAGUUUGUGAAAUCUGUAUGUCAUAAUUCUCUUUAUUUUUAAGGAUACGUCCAUGAUCUAGUGUUCUUACUAAUCGAUGUGGAUGACAUGUUGACCAUUUUGUCUUAAAUCUAUUCAUUAUGUGGAUGAAGUGUCUAUGUGAUAAUUUUGCUAUGAAAGAUCUUGGUGAUGCCAAGAGGAUCCUUGGUAUUAACAUUGUUAGGGACAUGAGUAAGCACACUCCUGUGUUAAAUCGGAUUUCAUAUGUGGAGAAGGUUUUGAGUAAGUUUAACAUGUUAUUUACCGCACAUGUGAAUGUUCCUUUUGCCUCUCAUUUUGUGUUAUGUAAGGAUCAGUCUCCAAAGACUGCUUCUGAAAUUGAGAAUAUAAAGUAUGUUCCCUAUUCAAAUGAUAUUGGUGUUGUGAUGUAUCUGCUGGUUAAUUUUAGACCUGAUAUAGCCUAUUGUUAGCUGUUUGAGUAGAUUAUGUCUAAUCUUGGUGUGCCUCAUUGUAAUGCUUUUAAAUGACUCUUUAGAUAUUUGAAGUUUUCGGUUAAUCAUGGUUUUAUUUUUCCUAAGUGUCCUGAUGGUGUGAAACUGAGUGGAUAUGUUGAUUCUAAGUAUGCUCAUGAUAUAUAUAAUAGAAAAUCUACUACUUCCUAUGUGUUCACUUUAUGUGAUUUUUGUAUUAGAUGGAAAUCUCAGUUACAACUUAUUACUAAAUAUGAGCAUGUUGCAGCUACAAAAGCCUUCAAAGAAGCCAUAUGGCUUAGAUGUCUUGUUUAUGAAAUUGAGUUUCUUAAACAGGAUGUAAUUGUGUUCUCGAGUAGCUAGUCUACUAUUCAACUUUGUAAAAAUCUUGUUUUGCAUUAUAGGACCAAACACAUACAUGUGAGGUUCCACUUUAUUCGUGAUAUUUUGGAUUCAGGUAAUGUGAAGUUGUGCAAGAUACCAUCAAAGUUCAACCCUGUAGAUAUGAGAAUGAAGUGGUCAUGUAACACUUGAGAUAUAUUACUUUAAAGGGAUUAAUAAUACUACUCAUACAAACAAGGUGCAUCUCCUUUUAAGGUAGCUCAUCAGCUAAGAACUCCGAAGUUAAAUGUGCUUGCACGAGAGUAGUUUUGGGAUGGGUGAACGUCUGGGAAGUUUCUCAGGGCACGCACGAGUGAGAACAAAGUGCACGAAAAAAACUAGUGGCGAUUUGUGAGGACGGUACUAGAGGUCUUGAGAGUACUUGUGAGUAACUACCUCAAGCCCUGCGGGGCGGGGUGUUACAGAUUAUCUGCUGAAAAGUUGUUAUCUUGUAAAUGAAUUUUGAAUUUGGACUGUAGUUGAUUCAGCUUGCAGGUUUAGGUGUUUGUGGUGUUGGUUCUCUAUUUGCUUUAUGUUUACAAGAACUCACACCUUGUUCUCGGAGAUUACCUGGG